AACUGGGCAGUGUCAGAUGUACUGUAUAUGUGCUUUCAUUGCAAGCUAAAUAGAAAAAAUCUAACUUCACUCCCCUGUCAAGCAGAUAAAAGGAGAGGAGAGGAGUUACAGAGCUAGAGUCUACAUUGACAGUAGAUAUGGGAUCAGGUAGGAGGAUGUGUCGGACCCAGCUGUGGCUGCUGGCCUUUCUGGCCUUUUCCUCUGUGAAUUCUCUGGCUGAUGUGUCUCCAUUGAAGGUGAUGUCUGCCCCCAACUUGUUGCGAGUAGGAACAGCCGAAAACAUUUUUGUGGAGUGUCAAGACUGCACCAACGAAAACAUUACGGUCGAAAUCAUCGUAAUGAACCAUCCAACCAAAACCAAAAGGCUGACAUCUACAUCUGUGACCCUUACUAAGGCGAAAAAAUUCCAGGACCUUGGACGAAUUAUGAUCCCUGCUGGUGAUUUCAGUAAUGAUCCCAACAAGAAGCAGUACGUGUACCUGCAAGCUCAGUUCCGUGAUGUAGAGCUGGAGAAAGUCGUCUUAGUGUCCUUCCAGUCUGGCUACAUCUUCAUCCAGACUGAUAAGACCAUCUACACCCCCAACAAUAAAGUCAAUUACCGGAUGUUUGCAGUGACCCCUGGCAUGGAGCCCGUGGAGAGGAAUGAUGAAACCAAAAUUGAUGCUUCUGUUGUCACUGAGAUUGUGACCCCUGAUGGCAUAAUUUUGCCACUUGAUCAAGUCUCUCUGGAAUCAGGGAUCUACUCUGGGGCUUACCAGCUCAGUGAAAUUGUCAAUCCCGGACUGUGGAAGAUAGCUGCAAAGUUUCACAGCAACCCACAGCAGAGCUUUUCUGCAGAGUUUGAGGUCAAAGAAUACGUGCUGCCUAGUUUUGAGGUGAAUCUGAUGCUUAAGAACCUCUUCUUCCAUGUGGACGACCAAGAGCUCGCCGUCAACAUUAAAGCUACGUAUCUAUUUGGUGAAGAGGUGGAUGGCGUGGCCUACGGAGUAUUUGGGGUUAUGUAUGAGGGUCAAAAAAAGAGCUUUCCCAGCUCUCUUCAGAGAGUGCAGAUCGAGAGAGGUAAAGGAGUGGUCACACUGAUGAAAGAGCACAUCACACAGACCUUCCCAGAAAUCCUCAAACUGGUGGGGAGUUCCAUAUACCUAUCUGUCAGUGUGCUGACGGAGAGCGGUAGUGAAAUGGUGGAGGCAGAGUUGAGAGGUAUCCAGAUUGUCACAUCACCUUACACCAUCCACUUCCAGAGAACGCCCAAAUAUUUCAAACCAGGAAUGGUCUUUGAUGUUGUGAUUGAAGUUGUAAAUCCUGAUGGCACUCCAGCACAACAUAUUGUAGUGGUUGUGCAUCCAGGCAAGGAGCAGGCCCUCACUGCUGCCAAUGGCAUGGCAAGGCUUUCCAUCAAUACAAACAAAACGGUUGAACCACUGACAAUUACCGCAAAGACCAAUGUUCCUAGUAUCAACCAAGCAUCAGCCACGAUGACAGCUCUCCCAUAUACCACCAAAAGCAACAGUUACAUCCACAUAGGAGUGGAUACAUCUGAAGUAAAACUAGGAGACAAUCUGAAGAUCAAUCUCAACCUCAAUAAGCGAGAAUGCACUUACCCGGCAAGAGCACUGACAUCCACAACAGUCAUCGUUACCAAAGAAAUGCUGCCAUCGUUCCGCAUCAUAGCCUACUACUUUACAAAUGACAACGAAGUGGUAUCAGACUCUGUUUGGGUGGAUGUCGAGGACUCCUGCAUGGGCUCGUUGAAGCUGGAAUCAUCAAGACCUGUUCCAUCCUAUGAGCCUGGCAAGGUGUUUAAUCUGAAGGUCACAGGAGAUCCAGGUGCCACAGUGGGACUGGUGGCAGUUGACAAAGGUGUUUACGUCCUAAACAACAAGCACCGUCUCUCCCAGAAAAAGGUAUGGGAUAUAGUGGAGAAGUACGAUACAGGCUGCACACCUGGUGGAGGAAAGGACGGCAUGAGUGUGUUUUACGAUGCUGGGCUGUUGUUUGAGUCCAACAGGGCUCCCGGGACCCCCUACAGACAAGAAUUGAAAUGUCCGGCUCCCAGCAGGAGGAAACGAGCCAGCACUAUACUGGACAUCAGAACCAGCUUAGUGAGUCAAUAUAGAGAAAAAAAGCAACGUGACUGUUGUUUGGAUGGCAUGAGGGACACCCCCCUUUCAUAUAACUGUGAGAGGCGCAGCGAGUACAUCGUGGACGGUCCAGCCUGUGUUGAGGCCUUCCUGCACUGCUGCAAAGAGCUGGAAAGCCAGCGAGCUGAGAGAAAGCAUGACAGCCUCCUACUGGCGCGCAGUGAGAAAGAUGAGAGUUACAUGGACAGCGAUAAAAUUACUUCUCGCACCAUGUUCCCUGAAAGUUGGCUGUGGACAGAUAUCAAACUGCCUGCUUGCCUUCGACAAACACCGAACUGUGACACCACAUCAAAGGAGACAGGAUUUCCUUUGAAAGACUCUAUCACAACCUGGCUGUUCACUGGCAUCAGCCUUUCAAGAACUCACGGUAUCUGUGUUGGCAAACCAUUAGAGGCAAUUGUGCGGAAGAACUUCUUCAUUGAUCUCAGGCUGCCAUACUCUGCUGUCCGUGGAGAACAGCUGGAAAUUAAGGCAAUCCUCCACAACUACAGUCCUGAUCCUAUUACCGUGCGCGUGGAACUGAUUGAGAAGCAGCAUGUGUGCAGUUCAGCCUCUAGGCGUGGGAGGUAUCGUCAGGAGGUUAAAGUUGGGCCCCAAACUACACGAUCUGUACACUUUGGCGUUAUUCCCAUGAAGGAAGGGCAACUCCACAUUGAGGUCAAAGCAGCUGUUAAAGACUCGUCGCUCAAUGAUGGAAUCAAGAAGAAUCUGCUGGUGGUGCCUGAAGGCAUACUGACAAAAUCUUUAAAGCAUAUAACCCUUGACCCUGCAAAGAAAGGUGUAGAUGGCAAACAAGAGGAAAUUAUGAGGACUGAAAUUCCUGAGGCAGAUUUGGUUCCAAACACACCUACUAGGAUGUACAUAUCUGUGACAGGAAGAGAGCAGAUAAGUGCACUGGUAGAAAACGCCAUUAGUGGGAACUCUAUGGGUACUCUGAUCAAAGCGCCCUCAGGCUGUGGAGAGCAGAACAUGAUCAGCAUGACCCUGCCUGUCAUUGCAACCAUGUAUUUGGACAAAACUGACCAGUGGGAACCUGUAGGCUUUGAGAAACGUAAAGAUGCCCUCCAACACAUCACAACUGGAUACCAGAAUGAGCUUACCUACCGUAAAAAUGAUGGGUCUUUUGCUGUGUUCCCGAAUCAUAAGAGUAGCACCUGGUUGACAGCCUAUGUUACCAAGGUGUUUGCCAUGGCCUAUAAUCUGGUGGAAGUGCAAAAAAAAGUGAUCUGUGAAGCCAUCAAGUUUCUGAUUUUCGAAACACAGCAAACUGACGGCUCAUUUAGAGAAGUUGGAACGAUUAUCCACGGAGAAAUGAUUGGUGAUGUGCAUGGCACAGAUUCAAAUGCCUCCAUGACAGCCUUCUGCCUUAUUACCAUGCAGGAGUCGCACACAAUAUGUAAUACCACUGAGGAUGCUUUUGAGGAUGCCAAACCUGUUGUCAGAUGGUUCAACCAACAGCGGAUCGAUGGCAGAGGCUAUGGAUCAACUCAAGCUACUAUAAUGGUGUACCAGGCAAUAGCUGAGUACUGGGCCAGUGCUAAUGAAGAGGAGUAUGAUGUGAAAGUGGACAUUGUGUUUCCUGAAAGGACAAAACCUGAUAAGUUCCACUUCAACAAAGAGAACCACUAUACCACUAGAACAUCUAAGAUGGUGUCGUUGUAUUACGCUCUGCCUAAAGAAAAGAAAAGCAGCUGUCAGAAGUUCAACCUGUCUGUGCAGCUCAACCCAGUGAAAAUGGAUGAGGAUGAGAAGAUAUACAAGCUGAGAAUAGAGGUUUUGUAUAUGGACAAGGAGCAUGAUGCAACCAUGUCAAUCUUGGAUAUUGGCUUGUUAACUGGCUUCACCCCUAACACAGAUGAUCUGAACUUAUUGUCUAAAGGACAUGCCCGUACCAUUUCAAGGUAUGAGAUGAACAAAUUCCUGUCAGAAAAAGGCUCACUCAUCAUUUACCUGGAUAAGGUUUCUCACAAGCGACCAGAGGAGAUCUCUUUUAGGAUCCGUCAGACGCUGAAAGUGGGCGUCUUACAACCAGCUGCUGUGUCUGUCUAUGAAUACUACAACCAUCAACACAAUAACCAGACACCUUGUGUAAAGUUCUACCACCCAGAGAGGAGAGGUGGAGAGCUACUGAGACUCUGUACAAAUGACGAAUGCACAUGUGCUGAAGAGAACUGCAGUAUGCAGAAGAAAGAAAAAAUCAGCAAUGAUGAGCGCACAGCUAAAGCCUGUGAGACCGCAGUGAACAGCAAAAUAGAAUUUGUGUACAAAGUGAGACUGGAAAAUUUUACAGACAACUUGUCCACUGAUAUUUACACAAUGCGGGUUGUGGAAGUCAUCAAAGAAGGGGGUUAUGAUGCGUGUCAAUGGAGGCCAGGGGAAGUCAAGAGUGAUAAAAUCUGUGACGAGGGUCCUCAGGGUAAACUGCGUCGAUUCCUCAGUUAUCGGCACUGCAGGGUGGCUUUAGAUCUGAAAAUAGGCAAAACCUACCUGAUCAUGGGCAUGGCCAAAGAUAUUCACAUAGACAAGGAGAAACAAUCGUAUCAGUAUGUACUCGGUGAGAGAACCUGGAUCGAGUACUGGCCCACAGAAGCAGAGUGUCAGACUGACGAGCACAGGCCUGCCUGUUUGGGCAUGGAGGAGCUGGUGGAGCAGUACACCAUCUUUGGAUGUCUGCACUAGUGAAAACUAAAAGAAAUACAUUUGUUGGAUUGCUUUAUUUUUGCAAUACUCUCAUGUCAAACUUUGACUGCUAUGAGAUACAAGUUAUGCAAAAGUCACAAUGAUACAUCCAGCUGAAUAAAAUGUUAUGAUCUUUUA